CCUCGAAGGCAUUGCGACAAGUCUUCGAGGAGUCUAUCGGCCUACGCCAUCGCUUCUAUUCUUGUCGCCUCGUUCGACAGGUUUGUGUGGGGGGUUUCCUAACAUAGGAGUGGACUCAAAACCUACUUUGUUUUGAGUUUAUCGAACUUCUUCACCGAAGCGCGCGGCAAAUGACUGAAUCCACCCACCUUUUCUGGUCUGUCUCAUGAAGUGGUGACAGGCAUCUCCCUUGUCACAACCUGACGCUUUCGUUUUGGUAUCUGGGCUCAGCAGGUUUUGGGUGGCCCGAGCCCCCAUUGACGACGCAUCAACUUGCGCCACCUAUGCCUGUCAUCUGAUUCUGGCCUUUGGUCCUCAAACCUGCCAACUUUCCAAGUGCCUGCCUGUCGGCUUCGUUCGUCUUUGUGUUUGUUCUUCACACCAUCGGAUGCUUCUCAUCAUCACGACCGCGCCUGUCAGGCAUCCUUUUCGCAAAUCUAAGCCCGAUCUGGCCCUUUUUUAUUUGAUAGAUAUCGCUACUACAACCUCCUCCCCAAAGCCCACUUCCACUCAGCAUACCAGGCAAGGUUCAAUGCUCUGUUGUCUCUAUCACUGACGUGUCAAGCACGUUAUCUACCUGCUCUACCUGAAUUGUCCCAUGAACAGGACUCAGCUGCUUCUGCUUUGGGCAACUCCGUCGCGCCGGCCCCUGAUUAAGCCAACUGCUUGUCUUUCCCAGCCGGCCCGAAGACCAUUUCUGCAGCCUCACUAACCGUGUCGAGGCUUGGCCAGCAUCAUAGAUGGUCGCCUGAAUCACCAUCUCCACACAGCUGUCUGGUUCGAACUGCCUGACAGGCCACCCGUUGUCUGGUUUGCCAACUCGUGCAACCCACCACUUGCCGACCCUCCAAAGAGGCUGGCGGAUCUGUGCCGCCUGGACCUGCAUUCACAGGCUUCAUUGUCACUUUGUCAAAGGUCUGGUUUUACCGUACGAUUGGGCAUCAACACGUCGAGACGGACGUUUGCUGCCGCGCUCAUCUCUUUCAAGACAAGGAUCCCUGUUGGCCCAUUUGGAGCGCAAAUAUCCGGAACCAUCCGGUAUCUACGUGUUCACCUCGCUUGCUAGUUGACACGGACUUUGGAGAACCACAAACAUGAGUCGUGAAUCAGAUGCUUCCCGGAGCUUGGGCCACGCGAAGGACUUCAACAGACUUGCAAAUGCUGUUCUAAGGGAUAGCGGAUCCAUAGGCACCUGCUCCGGAUCACUGCAGGCUCGUGGCGUGACGGGUAAAACAUGCUCGGAAUGCGCCACUGGGAGUCGAGAGGCACGUCUCGAAAGACCUGAUCUUCCACAUGACAAUUCCAACAACCCAGACCCUGAAGCCAACGCAUUGGGUUCCACAUCUACCCGUCGGCUUUUGUCCGGCCCUUCGACUCCCGGAAAACCCCCAUGUAUAGGUCGCACCAGCCGGUGCAGCGGGAAAGGCUCUAGCAACAGUGGGCUGCCUCGCCCUCGUUCCGGUUCUUGCCCGCAAAUAGGAGAAUGCCACGAAGCCAGGGGCUAUUUUACCCCUGGAGGCCCAGGAACAGCCCCCGCAUCACCAAUCCCAGGACGAGUUCGUGGCGGUAGCCACUGCCACAACGUCGAUAAAUGUCAAAUUGCUACGUGCUGUUGUCUCGACCAGUCGGCUUCAGCACAGCAAGAGGAUCAUCCAUGGAACGACUGCUUGGACGACCUUCCAAACGAGGUUUUGCUACAUAUCAUGAGUUACUUGGAGGUUUGCGACUUGCUCGCAACUUCGAGGACUAACCACCACCUCCGAGACCUGUCCCUGUCGCCGAUAUUGCACUCGAUGCGUCUCCGUCGGAUCCGCACGAUCCUCCCACCACUACUCCUGUCGCCAUCCCGCCCGACGCUUCCUGACCUGAUCGGACGCCGCAUCUUCCUGACGCAGACGACGGUUGUGUCGCGGAAGCUCUCCCGAUCGCUCAUAUCGAUCCGGCUCUCUCGCCGGCUGGCCGCGCGACCGUCGCCCGAGGCCCUCGUGGCCCGCGGCGUGCUGCCGCCCGAGUGGGGUGGCGUUGCGCCCGCGCUCGUGGCCAAGAAGCGCGCCGUCGAGAAGGAAAGGGUCAAAGACGGCCUCAGAGGCUUCGUUGAGCGUUGGACGGGGGAGGCGAAGCAGAGGGGCGAGGGCGUCAGGAGGUGGGAGGAGAGCCGCGGGGUUGGCAGGGUCUGGAGACUCAAGCGAUUCUGGGAGAGGGUCGCGAGGGGUGACGGGUUGGCUUGAGGGAACGCUAGGCUGAUGAGGCCAAGCUGGAUGUCAUCCGGCAGCGGGCCGCGAAGGUCUUUUGUGUCUGAGUCGUUGUGCUGUAUUUCUUUUCGGAGUGCUGGUCGCUAGCUGUACUUGUGUGUUGCGUGUUGAAUGACGAUGUGAAAGCCCAGUCGACCUUUUUUUUCGGCAGGUCCAGACAAGGUAGAUGACUGCUUGUAGAAUUAUUGUACUGUGUUUUCGCCUUUAUCCUACGCGUAGGGAUCAUUAAUACAGAUAUAGUAC